AGUUCGCAUACAGGCUUGGCAAGCAGCUGGUUGAACAAGAUCUCGCGCUAUCUUCAAACCCUUCGUAAUCUUCGCAAGUCCUUUAAAACGACCCGAUAUUUGCCCAGAAGUAUUCUUCAUAAUCUAGCGAGUGUGUAGGUAUAAAUUUUGUCGAUAUUCUCUGAAUGGUUUGAUCAUAAUUAACCGUGAAGUUUAAACUGUUCCUGGUGAUUAUCGGGCCGACAUGUUCUUUCUACACAGCCAGCUUCCGCAAGGGGACUAUGAACGAGAUUAAGAAGCUCAAAUGUGGUGCUUUUAUCAGCGGAAAUGCUUACUCGACUAGAGGGGAUAUUUUUGCUGAGAACUCGAUACGGCUACAUAUGACAAGCUUCUUGAGAACAGAGGAAAACGGAAAGUGUCUCUCAGGGCCACCGGCUGCCUGUACAGACCGCAGCAUCUGUGACAGUCACUGCCCUCUUAGUGUUAAUCAAAUCGUUCAUAGAUUUACGUAUCACGUGUGCUAAUUUAGCUGCCCUAGCCUCCUGUUUUGAUGUGAGUAACUCAAGGACUUCACACUAAACACAUAGGCUGCCAAUUUUUUUAAACCCUUCAGACGCGAUCACAAUUCCUUUUCUUGCGGGCGGAAUUUCUCGCGGCACGAGGCUUAGAUAUAGUGUAGGUGUUAAUGUAUAUUUCCCUGCACUACCACUCACGGGGCAGUGACCAGAUUUGGCGAUUAAGCCCUCUGUGUUUGAUUUCCAGGUUACCUAAAUAGAGUUGGUGAUGAUGAUGUCAGAACAGGGAGCUGUGAGUUCGUCCUCCAGUUCGUCUUCGUCUGAAACAGAUAGAAGAUCGCAGGAGAGCUGUACAGGAAAGCGAUCUGCUCGCGGUAAAGCAGCUAGCCCUCGCCCUCUAAAGUCAAUCUCCAAUUCUGCCAAGAGGUAGGAAAAGAUAGAAAAAACGUAGUCAGGUGGAUGAAUGUAAAGACCACGCUGGGUAGCAGCCAAGCUUGAUCUUUACAAAUGAAAUUAAGCGCACGAUAUAAAAGGGACAGAUUCAGUUUAUCUCUAAUUUGCAUGUUAACUUUGCCACGGCUCUAUUCUCUACUCUUUCGCCAGCAGGCCCGACAAAUGGGUUUAAUGAACAGAGGGGGACGUAAUUCACCUUUUCCAGGGGUCUAAAGCUUAGUGUCUUCGAAUUAUAGACAGAGCUAUCGCGAUGACCGAAACAGACAGGUCGCGGGUUUUGAACGAGUCCCUCAUGCUCAUUAGCAUAUGCACUGAAGAGCGAUUGCCUUUGUGAAUGAAGUACCUGCAAUAUUGACUUGUUUAGACUGUUUAAAUGUACUUCUUUUCUUUCAGAAUUCAGCGAGAGUUAGCCGAGAUCUCCUUGGACCCUCCGCCAAAUUGCAGGUAAAUUCUCCGCUUCGAAUAUCACGCUGAACUCCUUCACUUCUUGUUUGGACUGAAAACAAUAGAAUUGCGGUUUUUGUUUCCUGAAUAGCCGGCCUGUUAUUAAAAUUGAACUCUCUUUAUGUUAUAUGGAUCAACUAUUUCGGAAGCGAGUAUAUUUUUCCCCAAAACUGUCAAGUCGGCCACACUGGUCAUCAAAUAUUCCUCCAAUUAGGAAUUUUCUGCGAACAUGAUAUACAUAGAUAAAUUAUUUAUUUAAAAGGGGUAAAGACGACAUUUAAUCGCUCCACGUGGGAGUAAAAUGUGUAAAAGACUCAUUGUUUUUCUUUAUGGUUCAGUCAUGCUAAGACUUGCCAUGCAUGAAUAGCCGUCAAGCUACCCUUGGCUUCAAGGUUCUUGUACGAAAACAGAGACUACGCUUGGUCGCGGCCCUUUUCUCGCCAGCAUUUUGUAAUGUCUGUUUUAAUUGCAGUAACGGCAUAAUCGAUAUAUUUAACUGGCGAAGUAGCAAGCCUUCCUGGGUACUCAAUUGUUGAUAUUAUACCUGAUAUACUUUAUGUAAAUCAACAGAUUCACGUCAGCUGUAGGCAGGUCAGACAGAUAUUAAGGCCCUUUUUGUCAGAAAGAUUGAACUCUUUUUAACUUCUAUGAUUUUAAUUAUUCAUCUUGUUUUGACGUUAUGGUAUAUUACCAAUACCGUACGGAAUUUUCAUAACACGAAGUAAGGUCUGAGUAAGAUGACCGGGUUAUUAAAACAAAAAUGAAAAAUCGUUGUCUGUGCUUUCUGUCGUACGCCAAUUUUUACCUUUGAUUUUACUGAAAUCUUUUUCCGGUUCUAGCUUCAGAAGACGUAUUUUUUAUGUCAAUUCUGUAGGUUGUUUACCACGGUAGAUAUCAGGCAAAUAUUGAGAUUCGCUCUGGCAGACUGCUAUUUAUUUAAAUAGGAGCUUAGGAAAAUUGAAUUUUUAAAAGGGCACCCAAAAAUACGUCAAUUAUGACAAACAUAUGACCAUGAAAAUCAAAGCGUGCAGAUCACAAGUGCUUAUUUUGUGAAGGGUCGUAUGAUAUUCGAGGCAUUUUUAAGUAAAAAUGACAUUCGACUGAAAGUGAAAAUUAAAGUUUUUAAAAGGUUAAUCAAAUGAUUAAACAUAUCAUAUGUUCUAUAAUAUAUCAUCUUUGAUAAAUGCCAAACGGUUUGUUCUUCCGAACUAUCUUACACCAGGAAGUUCAACAAUUGUCUUCGAAACAAACCAACUGCAAACUAAGUUAACUUGGUCCAAUAUUUCAUUUUGAAAACAAAGCUGUUACUUUGACGAGCUAUGACUAAAAAUAAUUGCACCUAUAAAACGUUGUUUGUGCAAUGAGCCAUAGCUACAGUACAAACUACUAAAGUUAUAGAAUGGAACUAUGACUAUAGUGUAAAUCUAUAGUUGUAUCAUAAAAUCUGACAGUAAAUAAUAUAAAAUAAAGUUUUGCUGUGCAAUAUAAGGAUUACUUAGUUGUGACGUUAUAUAUGGCGUUUUGAAUUAAUGGCAAAAAUACUUAAAAAUGCCUCAAAAAAUAGAGCAGAGUAAACAAAUAGCUGUUACCUUAAAUAUAGCGUAAGGAAAGUCGGAAAGGCCUGUUGUGCCGUUUAUUCCGGGACCGGCAAUUUUUCUUUCCUUCUUUAACAAGUUUCCAAAAAAAACUCUGAUCAAUAUAGUGCUAAUUGAUAUAAAUAGAAAGCUACUUAAAAUACUUCAAAUAACAAAACGAUGUAAAUAGCUGGCAUCUUUUUGGCGGGUUUAUCACUUAGUCAAACUCUUCAACGAUUACCGGUAUGUUCAUUGUUUUAUAAACUCAAAGUCGUAACAGCUUAAAUCAUUUUUGACUGGGCCGAGUCUGUUCUGCCCUUCGUUUUGACAUUCUUAUUCUUUGACCGUUCUAUUUUUUACCGUCAGGAUUUAUUUUUUUUUCCGUUAAUAAUACCAUUAGUUCACUCGCUGUAACACUAAGGUUCCUUCACCUGGCUAAUUUUGGCCCUCAGGGUCCAGAUGUAAUGGGUUCGAGUGUAGCUCAUUAGGCAGAAUUUUGGAGACUUUGAGUUCAGAAAAAGUUACUGAAACGGAUGAUUCUAGUGUAAAAAAGGGUCUUCUUAGUCACACUUUCGGGGUGUUAAAGGGGCUUUGUCAGGAUAUCUGCUAUCUGAUAUCUGAUAUCUACUUUUUAAAAGCCAAAUCAGUUUUUAUUUUUGCAUCAAUUGAAUUAAAAAAAUAAUGAUCCAGUUUUGUUAUUCAAGACUAUAUUUAGGCCUUGAAAUUGUUUCCUGUCGUCUGUUGUUAAGGAUGGCAAGAAUGUACAUGGAUUAAAAAUUGAACAAUGUCGCUCAACUUUUUCAAGUUCUAAUGCUAUAUGCCUGCUCCGGGGGGCUCCGCAUGUGAAAGGGGUAGGGGUGCUAGUCGUCUCGCUUAGGGGUGUAAAUUUCGAAUUUUGGUCUCACUUAGGGUGUUCUGGGCAAAAUGCUAUCUUAUUUAGCCGUGAAGGUCUCGUUUAGGGUUGCACGCGAAAAAAUAUAAAAGUAUAUAUUUGAUAUGUAUAUUUUUAAUGCGUUUUAUUUACCCCAUUCAUAUAAUCCAAGGUUUCUCAUUUUCCCCUUAUAGGGGUCAAGAAAAGCUUGGGCCACGCCUAGAUCGGUCUCCUUUUGGGGUUUAAUUCAAAAUUUCCGACGAGCAUCCCCACCCCUUUCAUAUGCGGAGUCCCCCCCCGGAUGCCUACACAAAUCACCAAAAUUGUUUGAUAUCUUUUUCGUAUCUCCAAAGGAGCAUUUUGUGUAAAGGAAAAGGCACUAAGCCAUGACUUCCGCACAGAGCUCAAAACAGCAAUAUCCUCGUUAGACUUUCAGAAUAGUCCUUCGUCGCUUCGCGGCCUAAAAAGCUCGCUCCGCUCGCUAAGAAACUCGUGAGGUCGACUUGUAGCAAGUCUAUAUUCUCGUAACAUCGGCUCCUAUAAGAGUAUGUCUAAAUUGCGUCUACAUUGGGAAAAGAAACUCGCACAGUUCGGUGUACUAUAAAUGGACAAAAUUAUGGGUGCCUUGGUCUCUAGAAAUAGCAACAGAAACGAUCUUGGUUUCAAAAUGGGUUUGUUUGUCUCACUUAACGGGAUUUUGAGAGUGUGUCUAUAAAACUGAGUCUAAAUUGGGAAAGGAAAAUGGAAGUGCUCUCUUUGCUGAUUCAAAUUGGAGAGGGGAAAAAUUCAAGUUUUGUUCGGUAUUCUGGGACGCUUCCGCUUUCGUCUGGGUGUCAAUAAAAGAAACCUGAUCAAUAUUUCAGUGAUUAAGAUAAAUCUGUUGACAAUUGAGCCUUGAGUAAUGUGGCGUUACUUUGAUUUUGAAUCGCUUCGUUUUGUGAUAAGCGACUAAACAACAUUUCUCUGUGUGAGUCUUUUUGACUGCAAUGUCUGCUUCCGAAAAAGAGAAGCGAGGUUUUCGAAGAGUAAGUAACAGCGAAUCAACCGUAAGGUGCUUGCACAUUUCGACUUAUCGGAUUGUCUGCGUCGAGUGUGAUUGAGAGCCUAUUGAGUUUUGAACUCUUAUUUUUGAGUUGUUCCUUUCUCACUGCAUUUUAGUCACGAUCACAUCCCAGCUGGGAGUAUGGAGGGAUGGGGGGUUCCAAUUGUUUAGCCGAUAUCCCGUCUUUACAGUUUCGGACCCAAGGCCAUUCCUGCAGUCAGAAAUAUCUAAACUAAGUAGUGGUUUAUGGUUGUCGCUCAAAAUGUUUCGUUACUUUUCUUUAUGAUUCUUAAAGCUGUCAUAUCCAGUCAAGUAAAGUUACUAAGACACGUAAUUUUAACUAUGCCGUUUUGAACUUUGAGUCUGGGGACAAAAUCCUAUCGUGUUACCAUUCAAAUGAAACCCCUUCGAUUCAGCACUACUUUCACGGCGUGGUACUAAAUGUUUAGUACGUAGUUCUAACUUUUGAAUCUUUGAAUGAAAUCCUGUGGUGUUACCUUUCAAAUAAAACCUCUUCAGCAGUACUUCCUCAUGGUAAUAUCCAUUUCCGAAGUAGUUUUAUAAACUUUUGAGUCUGUGGACGAAAUGCUAUUGUGUUACCAUUCAAGUGAAACCUCUUCAGCUGUUCUUGCAGUGCAUGGUACGCUCUAUUUAGAGGGUGGUUCCAACUUUUGAGUCUGUAGACAACCCUAUUACGUGACUACAUGUAUUCAAUAAAAUCUCUUGAAACGCACUCUCAAAUAGUACUUGCUUUUCUCUGUAUUUUUAAGCCUGCAAAUUUUCUUUAAAGAGAGUACAAGGAUUAAUGCUAUGUUUUCAUUUUUUCACAGCGCGGGUCCCAAAGGCGACAAUCUUUACGAGUGGUGCUCCACGAUUCUGGGUCCUGAGAAAUCUGUGUACGAAGGUGGAGUGUUCUACCUUGAUAUUUCUUUUCCUAUGGAUUAUCCUUUCAAACCUCCAAAGGUACGUCAAAAUUAAAGUAGGUCGGAGUGAUCGUAUUCCGGAAUAGAAGUAGCCUGCGCGCGAGCAAGCUCUCCAUUGCGAAUGGCGAGCGAAAGCGCGUUUCCUUUUGCGUGCGGUCGGCUCUCGCAUGACUUCUCGCGACUCCCCCCAAAAGGAGGGCUUGCACGCAGGUUAGAAUAGAAAAAACGCAGAAACUAUGAUAGAAAUCUCUCAUACCGCGAUUUCUAGGCCACUUCAGUGCUACAUGCAUCUUAAUAUUUUAUUUCAACAAUAUUUGAUUCAAUCAAUGCCAAAACUAGUGAUUUCUAAAGUUAAUCCCGUUUUCCUUUUACUAGGGCCGGAUAGGGUCAAUCGAUCUUACCCUCCAGUUUAUAGAAUUUUAAUCUUCGGCGGGGUCGCUACCCUGCCUGCAGAGGCCUCUUUUCCCUUGUCAUUAGCUGGGGCAGGCAGGAGGAAAAGAGAGUCUCUUUUCGUCAUUGCCUGCCCCAUACUCUUUCGCAUAAAUGUCAGGUUUUGACGAUCAAAACCGCCCGGUCCAUCCCAGGUAACAGCUUACCUGCAAUUUACCUGGCCCAUUACAAUUUGUGCGAUGAUAAAUGUUAUGCCAAAUUACCUGACUGGAUUCGCGUUGUUUAAGUUAGAAUGGGGUUAGAAUUCUCACCUUUGAGCUGUUUCUGGAUUUGAAACGUCUAAGAAAAUUAGAAUAUAAUGUGCGUUCCUUGUGUAGUUUGUCACACGUUUUUGUCAUGCAUCACUUUUGAAAUGAUGAUGAUUCGGCUAAAAAUACACGUUCAGCUGAUUUGUGAAAGAUCAUGGGAUAAAUUACAACCUAUAGACGAAACACGUAAAGUCCAAAAAUAUAUUGACUUCUCGUGGAUAAUUCGAUGCCGAAAAAUAACACGACCUUUUAAUAGGAUUAAUUGAAUUCUUCAGCUGAGAUUAAACUGAUUCGUUUCGGCGUCACUGAAGACAGCGGAUUUUUUUUCAAAACCUUAAUACAAGUGUUUCCGGCCGAUCAUCCGACUUUAAUGUAUUUGAUAACCCCUGGUAUUAAUUUACGUCCGAAGGGAAUACUGCGCUUUCUAAUACCUUUCUCACACUUUUCGGAGGAUAUCGAAAGAAAAACAAACGAGCAAUUUGCAGCUCCAUAUAAAAGUGCCCUUGUUUCCUGAAACCGAAACCAUCGGGGUCCUUGUUCAAGAGCCGAUUUACAGUAAUAAAGGAUCGAAACUUAGCAGAUAAUCAUCGGACAAUCACUCUUUCGAACUCUUAAGAUUGCCAGCAAUAUGAUGACAAAUGAAAAUAAUUAUCCCAAAAUUUCGUUUUUGUCCGCUAAACCCAGGAUUGAAACACGGCUGUCAUCCUUCUGACGAAUAAAGGAAUUGUCCCAAAAUUUGUUUUUUUUUCUUAAAUAUUACAAAAUUGAUCAGUGACACUAUGUCAAAAGGGCUCUGAAGAGUCAAACCUUAGUUUUUUGUCUAGCCAGUGUACAGCCAUCUACUCCCUUCGGGGAGGGGGGAAGGGUAGCUGUGCACAUAUGCAGGCCAAAUCUAUAUUUUGUAUUUGUUUUAGCCCCUUGCGAAGGUUUAUGUUUCAAACCGAAAUGUCGUGUACAGAAAAUAUAAACUAUAUUAUUUUCUUCUUCUUCUUUUCGGCGCAAGGAUUAGUUUAGAUGCUUUUUCUACAAUUUUGUUGGACUUCAGAGAAUCUCAGAUUCUCGCUCUCUUUGGAACGAAAUCGACCAAAGUGGUCGUCAAAGGGUUAAAGUUAAAGUUUCUACAGACGCGAAACUUACAAUUACAUGUUGGUUGUCUACUAUUUACAUGGACAAACCGGUCGGUUCACGGUUUGCGCAUUGUGGUACGCAAAAUUCAGGACUGGUAGCCCAGGAAUUGGGUUUACCAUUUGAACAAAUCAGUUCCAUUUACCGAAAAACUUCCGCGAACGCCUCGAACUGGUAUCAAAGAUGGCUUUGACGAAUGGUACACGAAUUUGCGUUUCAAUACUCCGUUCGGAAAAACAGCACUACCUUUUCAGGCUUUCCGUUGCUCCCGGACAUUUCCCUCUGGAACGACCCAAAAAGUCCUGUUCCACUUACUUUCCGACCGGAUUUUCGGAAACUUUUUUAAAUGGUAUUUUCCCAAAUUAAGUGUUUGUUGUUAUUGCUACACAUAGGUGUCUUUCCGCACAAGAAUAUACCACUGCAAUAUUAACAGCCAGGUCAGUCAAAUUAAUUAAAAUCUUAUUUGUUUACAUAUGAUAGGAUGAAGUUAUUUGACCAUAACUGCAUUGAUUCUUCGUUUGGGUUUUUCCUCCUUGUUGAAAUGAGGUCCGUUAGUAACUAAGGUUCACUAGGAAUAAGCUCUCUUCUGUUCCUCUGUGUGCCCGGUCUCCGGGACCGGGGGGGUACUUUGUAGUAAUGUGGCUAAUGUGGCUGUUCCGCUGGAUGGGGUCACAUUUUCAUGACUUGAUUGAUUAUAAUGGGAUUGAAUUUUCUACAGUCACUAUAAUGGGGUCGCACAUUUUCUAGCUUGCGUAGCAUGGCGGUUUUUCUCGGAUGUGCAAACAAGCCAAUACGAGUUGACAGUCUGUGGUUAAAAGUGUCGCUUGUACAUUUUAGGGUGUAAUAUGUCUGGACAUUCUCAAAGACAGCUGGAGUCCAGCGCUCACCAUCUCUAAAGUUCUUCUGUCAGUUUGCUCGCUUCUCACAGACUGCAAUCCAGGUAACUACUUUUCACAAUUGUACAUAAUUGCGUGAGCACUGGAACGAUUGGACUGAGCUAACUCAGUGAUUUUGUUACAGAAAGUUAUGGUGAGUCCUGGGACUCAUCUUGUGAUAAUCAUGAGUCCCAGCCCAGAACCAAUGAGUCCCAGUUAACCCUUUAAGUCCCAAUAGUGACCAAAAUCAAUUUUCUCCUAACGAUAUCCAUACAUUGUCAAGAGAUUAGGUUAUAAGAACAAAUAAAAUGAUCACCAAAGGGAAAAUGCUUCGAUCUUUUAUCAAAUUCUCUCAACUCAUUUUUAAGAAAAUGUGUAGAGAUCAGUUUGGAGAAUUUGUUUGUUGACAUUUGGGUUUAAAGGGUUAAAAAAAACCACGUCCGAAAUUUUAUAUGUAACCAGACAGUUUAUCUGAAGACAGACUCUAAAACUCUGUAUUACAGUAAACUGAAAUUAAAACAUAGCCCUUCUAUUUUAAAGCACAACAAAGGCUAAAAGAAAUAUGCAUUGUGAAACAACAGCCAUUAUAACUGCCACAGAAAUUACACGAUCGGAAUAUUUCGGAAGCGGAAGCGGAAUAGGUCAAGGAAGCGGAAGGGAAUAGCUCACUUCGGUAAAGAGUGAUAGCCUGGGACCCAAACCAGGCGCGCGAGCAUUUAUGGGAUUAUUUGUGGGGCGCGAAUGUAAACAAACAUGGCGGAAAGCGACGUGGAAUGUUUCAGGGGAGUUCCUGAAGUUAUUUGUACAUAAAGGCACACAACAACUGGCACGUCUCGUCAUAAUUCAAGGUGGCUGCUCGACGUGUUCCCCCAAACAAUCCCAUAACUGCAGCGCGCCUAGUUCGGGUCCCAGGUUAUCACUCUUUUCCGAAGUGAGCUAUGGGAGUAAAUCCAUAGCCAGCCUUACAGUUUCGGUGGGAACAUGAUGAACAAACCGUUCCUCACAGUUCUUUCACCGGUAAGUCGGUCUAGCGCUGGCUACUGCAGAAUGAGAGGUUCACGGGCUCGAUCUCCGGGGCCCGACCAAUACUCAAACUUUUAAAAGAAUUUGGAAGAAGGUACUGUCUUUGCCCUGCAAACGGCGAAAUCUUCACGUGGGUCGGAUGAACACGUAGAAAAGGGCGAUCCUGUCUCCAUUCGGACACGUAAAAACAGCGUCCUCAAUUAUAGUCCUUGCUGCUAGAAACAAAACAUUAAUCGAGGCGGUUUUUUUCUUUGUUUAUAUGUAGGUGAUCCCCUAGUCGGCAGCAUUGCUACUCAAUAUGUAAACGAUAGAGAGGAACAUGAUAGGAUAGCACAAGAGUGGACAAAGCGAUACGCAACAUGACAAUGGUACAGCAGCCAAUAAUCUAAUGAAAUAAUUUUUCCAAACCCUUUUACUUCGGAAAGUGCCGUAAGAAAAUCCAAAUUUUAAUUUGUAAAAUAAUUCAAAGAACUCACAGUAACGCAAAAGAGGUCAGUUUCACUUGAUAGUCACACCAUAGGAUUUUGUUCACAGACUUUAUAAUUAGAACCAACUCGUACAAUG